AUGAUGCAGUUCAAGAUCAGCAUGAUUAUUGUCGGUAACACCGCAUGUCUAUCCAAGUACUCUACUGGCUUACUUGUGUCAGGUUCCACUGCACUUCACUUUUUCACACGCACUUUCUAUGGUGGAGACUUGGACACGUACUGUCAAUUUUCAUAUUCCAAUACUGUUGGUCAUUGGUACCUGGCGCAUGGCUACAGUUUUGCACCUGCAGAAGGUCAAAUGAAUGACUUCAAUGCAGAUGUAAACCGAGUUAAAGCAGCAAUAGAGGAAGAACCAUUUGUUGUUGCCAUUCCUGUUGAAACAGAUAUCCGGGAGUACAAACUCAACAACAUUGCUGCAGUUUGGAACUUCAAGCAGGGUUCUCAGCAGAUUCAACUGAUUGCUACACAUAUGUCUCCGCUACACACAAUUUUCUCCUUUCAUUCCAGUUGA